AGAAGACUUGGAAUAUUAUGGUUUUUAUCUUGACUUGAUCAUUGCCAAACUCAAAAGUCACGCCAUUGGUAUUUCCACCACCACUACUACAAGUCCAUGAUCAUGUUCUUAUGAUCUUGCACAACCCAAGGCAUUAUUAAUUGUUCCUGCAAUGUCUACACCAGCACAAUAUUAUCAAUCGUUGCCGCCUGUGAGCAAGUUCUAUGGAGUGGCCUGUUCGAUGACCACCUCCGCCCUCUAUCUUGGCCUUUAUGAUCCCUGGAACAUAGCUCUCUCUUACCAAGAUGUAUUUAAACGUUUCCAGGUUUGGAGGCUCAUCACCAACUUCUUCUUCCUUGGGCCAUUUUCACCCUUUUUCGCCAUCCGUCUUAUAAUGAUAGCAAGAUAUGGUGUGUUACUAGAGAGAGGGCCUUUUGACAAGAGAACAGCAGACUAUGUCUGGAUGCUGAUGUUUGGAGCACUGUCACUUUUGGUGAUGGCUGCUAUUCCAUUUCUAUGGACACCUUUCAUGGCCGGUUCACUGGUUUUCAUGAUCGUCUACGUUUGGAGCCGUGAGUUCCCAAAUGCACAAAUUAGCAUCUAUGGUGUAGUAACAUUGAAGGGAUUUUAUCUACCAUGGGCAUUGCUAGCUUUGGAUCUAAUAUUUGGGGCUUCUUUAAUGGAAGAUAUAAUAGGGAUGGUUGCAGGGCAUCUUUAUUACUUUCUAACAGUGCUUCAUCCUCUUGCUGGUGGCAAAUACGUUCUCAAGACCCCUCUUUGGGUACACAAACUAGUAGCGUACUGGGGGGAGGGAAUCCAAGUUAACUCUCCAGUGCAGCGUGACCCUUCUGCCGGAGUUGCUUUCCGAGGAAGAAGCUACCGACUCGAUGGUAAUCGAGCAAGAACAACUACGGCGCCGUCAGAGCAGAACCAGACCGAUAAUUCAGCAAGGCAGCCUAAUUCAGACGAGGGCGUUGCAUUUCGGGGGAAAAGUUACCGUCUUAGUGGGCAUUAACUUUUAUGGUUUUAGUUGGUUGACUAUGUUAUAUUUUGAUAUGUAAGGUUGGAUUUUGAUUUUGUACGAUUUUAUAAAUAAAAUUUUAUUUUAAUUUGAUUUUCACUAA